UUAGAAUUUGAAUUUUUGAUUUUUACUACUUGAAUUGUUUUAAUUUUAUCAAUUUAAUUCCAAUAAGUAUAAUCUAAUUUCGAAAAAUCAAAAUGCCACUACCCAAACGUAAAAGAAUAUUUACUCCUAAAAGAAAAACAAAGCACAUGAAAGAAGCAAUGGAAGCUAGAGAAAAAUCUUCAAGCGUCGAGAAUGACGUGACAACGGCCAGAGGACGGUUGAAAGGAGCACUGAUGGAUGUUUUGGACACAGCAGAAGAAUCUGAUACUUCCAUGGAAAACACUCCUGUAAAGAAGGAAGGAAGAAAAGUCAGUGCAGAAGAAGAUGACUAUACAUCAGAAGAAGAUGGCAGACAAAAUAAAUUACCACCGAGACAGUCAUAUGUUUUGAAACUGUUUGACCGCAGUGUGGAUUUGUCACAGUUCAGUGAAGACUCUCCGCUGUAUCCUAUUUGCCGAGCGUGGAUCGCAAAUAGACCUAAAGCUAACUAUAGUGACUUUGGUAAAGAUUCUGAAAAUAUGGAAGAAAUCGAGGAAGGGAUAGAUUUGCCUGGACCGAAUGGACCGCCUAUAUCCAAAAUACCGGACCUGCUGCCGGAGCAGCUGAAGUCACAAGAUGUAGACAAAAUUAAUUUGAAUUACCGUGAGGCGCCUCUGCCGUCGCGCGAGCAGCUACUGCGCUCGCACAUGGCGCGCUGGACGAACGUGCGGGGGGCGUGGCUGGCGCGGGCGGCGCAGGUCGAGGCGCGGUACGCUAACUCACAGAUCAUACUCAACUCACUCAAUGUUAGGUAAGUCUGGUGGUUGGUAGAUGACUAGAUGUCACUCAUCCUAUGUUCAAGCAGGGUGCAAGUUAAUCAGAAGUAACCCAAACUUUUGUUCAAUCCAGGGCCCCCGUAAGGGCUACUGGCGCCUAUGUGCAAAAAA